AUGGAUAAUUUGCUGGAGCGGCGGCGGGCGCUGGCCGGGCUCCUUCCCCGCCUGAGCCUCAAGGACAAAUCCACCUACGUGGAGUCGGCCACCAAGGGCUACGACGACGUCAAACCGGGACCGGAGACCCCGAACGGAACCGGGACCGGAAACCCUGAGCGGGACCCCCUGAACGGCACCGGAGCCCGGGAUCGGGACCCGAACCAGAACCCCCUGAACGGCACCGGAGCCCCCGACCGGGACCGGGACCCGAACCCUCUGAUCGGCACCGGAGCCCGGGAUCGGGACCCGAACCAGAACCCCCUGAACGGCACCGGACCACCGACUGGGAUCGGUACCCUCGAUCGGGACCGGAGCUCCCGAACCGGACAGAAACCAGAACCCCCUGACCGGGAUCGGGACCAGAACCCCCUGAUCGGCACCGGAGCCCCCGAACGGGACUGGGACCAGCACCGGAACCCCCUGACCGGGACCGACACCGGAGAUCCACGGAUCGGAGCCCCUGAACGGGACGGGGAGCGGGACCGGGACCGGGACCAGAACCAGGAUCGGGACCAGAACCGGGAUCGGGAACAGAACCGGGAUCAGGACCGGGAUCAGGGUCAGAACCAGAACCGGGAUCAGAACCGAGAUCAGGACCAGAACCGGGAGGUGCCGGCCCUGCCCGUGCUCAAACCGGGCACCAAGAGCAGCAGCAUCAUCGUCAGCCCGCGCCAGCGCGGCAAUCCGGUGCUGAAGUUCAUCCGCAACGUCCCGUGGGAAUUUGGGGACAUCGUCCCCGACUACGUCCUGGGCCAGAGCAGCUGCGCCCUCUUCCUCAGUCUCAGGUAUCAUCACCUGAACCCCGAUUACAUCCACGAGCGGCUCCGGGUGCUGGGGCGGAGCUUCGGCCUGCAGGUGCUGCUGCUGCAGGUGGACGUGAGGGACCCCCACCGGGCUCUCAAGGACCUGGCCAAGGUGUGUCUCCUCACUGACUGCACGCUGCUGCUGGCCUGGAGUGCGGAGGAGGCCGGCAGGUACCUGGAGACCUUCAAAUCCUACGAGCAGAAACCCCCGGACCUGCUCAAGGAGCGCGUGGAGCAGGACUUCCUGUCCCGGGUGACAGACUGCCUGACCAGCGUCAAAUCCGUCAACAAAACCGACGCCCUGAGCCUGCUGGGCACCUUUGGGUCGCUGGCGGCCGUGGCGGGCGCGUCCCGUGAGGAUUUGUCCCUUUGUCCCGGCGUGGGACCCCAAAAGGCCAAGCGACUCUUUGAUGUCCUGCACGAGCCUUUCCUCAAGACCCCCCGAUGAGCCCCAAAA